CCGGAGCCCCAGCCCGGGGAGCUGCGGGAGCCUCCGGGAGCCGCGGCCCGCGCCCUGCGCCGCCGCCUCGCCUGCUCGUUUCCUCAGGUUCUCAGCCCCGGGUGCUGAGGCUCCGGUCUAUAAAUAGCAGGCUACAGCUCCUUGUCGGCGCACACACGCUCACACUCGAACCGAGGAAAGUCACGCUAAAAGUGUCUGCUGCUGCUGCCGCCCCCCACUCCGCCUCCGGGAGAGGGCUCUUUUCAGGAUUUGUCUUCUUUGCUAUCUUCUGAGCAUUGGAAAGAGGCACAGUGCACAGAACCCAAAGCAAUGGUGUUACCUGGCAAGAAAUCUGCUGUCAUUUAUGAAAAAUCAGACCAAGGAUGCUGCUCAUAUCGAAUUAGGACCCACUCUACUCCAGAAUGUCCUCAUAUUAACUGAAAAUACCUUCAGUGACCCUAUUUCCAAACAAGGUCACAUUCACAGGGCUCUGAAACCAGCAAAGCAAUAAUCAAAGAGCAGAGCUGUUUUGAGGAAUACAACGAUAAAGCAGUCAGGAAGAAUUUGGGAAGUCCCACCUGAGACCUUUUGAAGCAGAGGCUCAGCUAGUCAAUCAAGGGCAGAAUUUCAGAGCGGGAGAUCAGGUCUUUAGUGUGAAGAUAAAUCUACGCUAAACCAGGAAACAUUGACAGUGACAUUUCGACAACAAAAUUUGGCAAGUUAAACUGUGAAGGUUGAUCAUGGAAAUCAAAGAGGAAGGAACAUCAGAAGAAGGCCAACACUUUCUUCCCACAGCCCAGGCAAAUGAUACUGGGGACUUCCAGUUCACAAGCAUUCAGAAGACUCCAGAUGAACCACAGUUGGAAUUCGUCCUUGCAUGCAAGGAUCUUGUGGCUCCCGUCCGUGAUCGGAAGCUGAAUACACUGGUGCAGAUCUCAGUAAUCCACCCUGCAGAGCAGAGUCUGACAAGAUAUUCAAGCACGGAAAUUGUGGAGGGAACAAGAGACCCACUGUUUCUGACUGGUGUCACAUUCCCAUCUGAGUACCCCAUCUAUGAAGAGACCAAAAUAAAACUAACAGUCUAUGAUGUCAAGGAUAAGUCCCAUGACACUGUCCGAACCAGUGUCCUACCUGAGCAUAAGGAUUCCCCGCCAGAGGUUGGGCGAAGCUUCCUGGGCUAUACCAGCUUUAAAGUUGGGGAGCUGCUAAAGUCAAAGGAGCAACUGCUGGCCCUGAGCUUGAGAACUUCAGAUGGUGGGAAAGUUGUUGGCACCAUAGAAGUCAGUGUCUUGAAGAUGGGGGAGAUAGAAGAUGGGGGAGCUGACCACGUCACGACAGAUGUGCAGGGACAAAAGUGUGCACUGGUAUGUGAAUGCACAGCCCCAGAAAGUGUGAGCGGAAAAGAUAACUCACCUGUUUUGAAUUCAGUGUUAAAGAACCCAGUGUGUAAAUUAUACAGAUUUCCCACAUCUGAUAAUAAGUGGAUGCGAAUCCGGGAGCAGAUGUCAGAGAGCAUACUUUCUUUUCAUAUUCCUAAGGAACUGAUUUCCCUUCACAUAAAAGAAGACUUGUGUAGAAACCAGGAAAUAAAAGAACUUGGUGAGCUUUCUCCGCACUGGGACAAUCUAAGGAAAAAUGUCCUCAGUCACUGUGAUCAAAUGGUGAAUAUGUACCAAGACAUUCUGACAGAACUGAGCAAGGAAACAGGGUCCUCUUUCAAAUCAAGCAGCAGCAAAGGAGAGAAAACAUUAGAGUUUGUUCCAGUCAAUCUACAUCUACAAAGAAUGCACGUGCAUAGCCCUCACCGGAAAGAUGCUCUCUACGACGUCAUCACUGUGGGAGCCCCAGCUGCCCAUUUUCAGGGAUUUAAGAACGGCGGUCUUCGGAAACUACUCCAUAGAUUUGAAACGGAAAGAAGAAAUACUGGAUACCAGUUUAUUUACUACUCACCUGAAAACACAGCCAAAGCAAAAGAAGUUCUCAGCAACAUCAAUCAACUACAACCUCUUAUAGCAACCCAUGCAGACCUACUGCUUAAUUCUGCAAGCCAGCAUUCUGCAGACAGCUUGAAGAAUUCUCUAAAGAUGCUUUCAGAAAAAACAGAGCUUUUUGUACAUGCCUUCAAGGAUCAGCUGGUCAGGAGCGCACUUUUGGCACUCUACACUGCCAGGCCAGGUGGUGUCCUUAAGAAACCACCCUCUCCUAAGGGCAGCACCGGCGAGAGCACUCCCCAGGACCAACCCCCACCUAUGAGAAGGCAGGACUCCAUACCACAUCAUUCAGACUACGAUGAGGAAGAGUGGGAUAGGGUGUGGGCCAGUGUGGGGAAGAGCCUGAACUGCAUUAUUGCCAUGGUGGAUAAACUGAUCGAAGGAGAUGGUGGGAGUGAAGGCAGCGGCAGCAGCAGCAAAGAUGGAGAAAAGGAUCCUCUGCCAGCAGACACCAUCACAUCUCACCCAAGGGAGGACUGGUAUGAACAGUUGUAUCCCCUCAUCCUUACCCUGAAGGACUGCAUGGGAGAAGUGGUGAACCGAGCUAAGCAGUCGCUGACGUUUGUGCUUCUUCAGGAACUUGCAUACAGCUUGCCCCAGUGUUUGAUGCUGACCCUGAGAAGAGACAUCGUCUUCAGUCAAGCACUUGCUGGAUUGGUCUGUGGCUUUAUCAUCAAAUUACAUACAAGUUUGCACGACCCUGCCUUCUUAGAGCAGCUUCACACAGUUGGAUUGAUAGUACAAUAUGAAGGACUGCUAAGUACAUACAGUGAUGAAAUUGGAAUGCUAGAGGACAUGGCUGUUGGCAUUUCAGAUUUGAAGAAAGUAGCAUUUAAAAUAAUUGAAGCCAAAUCUAAUGAUGUCUUGCCAGUUAUAACAGGAAGGCGCGAACAUUAUGUGGUAGAGGUCAAACUUCCGGCUAGAAUGUUUGAGUCGCUACCUCGACAGAUUAAAGAAGGACAGUUGCUUCAUGUAUAUCCAGUACUUUUUAAUGUUGGAAUCAAUGAACAGCAAACUCUUGCUGAAAGGUUUGGAGAUGUCUCUUUGCAAGAAAGUAUUAACCAGGAAAAUUUUGAACUUCUAAAAGAAUAUUACAAGAUGUUUAUGGAAAAGAUGCCUCCCGAUUACAUUUCACAUUUUCAAGAGCAAAAUGAUUUAAAAGGCUUACUAGAAAAUCUCCAUCAAAAUAUCCAAGCCAAAAAAAGAAAGAAUGUGGAAAUCAUGUGGCUGGCUGCAACGAUUUGUCGCAAACUAAGUGGUAUUCGUUUCACCUGCUGUAAAAGUGCCAAAGACAGGACAUCAAUGUCGGUGACGCUUGAACAGUGCUCAAUCCUGAGAGAUGAGCACCAGCUGCACAAAGACUUCUUCGUCCGGGCACUGGAUUGUAUGAGAAGAGAAGGAUGCCGCAUAGAAAAUGUACUGAAGAAUAUCAAAUGCAGAAAGUAUGCUUUCAACAUGCUACAGCUGAUGGCUUUCCCCAAGUACUACAGACCUCCAGAGGGGACUUAUGGAAAAGCUGACACCUAAGUUUAACAACAUGUAAAUAAACACGAACACAAAUCCAUUUCAGGUGGAUAAUCUCUCUACCUUGGUCUUUUUACUUUUUUAACGUCAUGACUUUGUUGGGGGAGGUGGUCAAGGAUGUUGUGUCCAAAUCUAGUGUUACUUGAAUUAAUUACCAGCAUAUUACUUUGGAAGAAACUCAUUAAAAAAUAGUUUAUAUAAUAUUUCCAUUUCAAGUUCUAAGCGUCUACAUGUUGUUAACCCUCACUGGUUGAGAUCAGUUCAGAAAGUGCCAAUUUCAUUCACGGACUAUGGAAAUGAAGGCCUGGAGGUGAUCCAGAGAGUGCUCUCCCUCCAGAAUGGGUAAAAGGAGGAAGGAACUUAUGUGAUACUAUUUGACAACCUUCCCACAGAUAACCUUGGAACCUAUGUUGGGUAUUUUUAAACAAUUUUCUAGUGAAUUAAAGAUUAGGUAGAGUUAACUUAAAGAGCCCUGGUGGCGUGGUGGUUAAGCGUUCGGCUGCUAACCAAAAAGUCGUCGGUUGGAACCCGCCAGCCACUCCUCAGGUGAGAGAUGUGGCAGUCUGUUCCCAUAAAGAUUACAGCCCUAGAAGCCCCAUAGCGCAAUUCUACUCUGUCCUAUAGGGUGGCUUUGAGUCAGAAUCUACUAGAUGGCAAUGAAACGGGAGGAGUUAAGUCAUGACCUGGAUUACUGAAGCAGCUUAAAUGUGUGCUUUACACACCUUUGCUGUCUGGCCAAGAUGGGACUACUUCCCCCAUUAGUAAAGCAAUAAAAUUAUCUUCCUAAAUAUUGGUGCCUUUUCAAAGAAAAAAAAAAAACUUGCGUGGUCCUGCUGUGAAAGUGGCAAUAUAGAAAGUUUAACAGUGUGAUAGAUGAAACACUGCAAGGAAAUUAGAGAUAGCAAACAUGUUGAUGACCAGAAUAAAAAUUCCCAUCAGCCUGAUCUUCCUGUAUCUUAGUUACAUGCAAGUCAAUAAAAUACCUUUGAGUUGUUUUCUAGCAGUCAUCUUGGCAUGGAGUAUAAGUGGUAUAAGGAUACGUUGUCUGACAUAGGUUAAAAACCAAACCAAACCCAUUGCCAUCUAGUCUAUUCUGACUCAUAGAGGCCCUAUAGGAUGCAGUAGAACUGCCUCAUAUGGUUUCCAAGGCUGUCAGUCUUUACUGAAGCAAACUGCCACAUCUUUCUCCCAAGGAAUGGCUGGUGGAUUCAAAAUGUCAAUUUGUGGUUAGCAGCCGAGUGCUUAACCCACUGUACCGCCUUGGUUCCUUCUGACAUAGGUUAGUAUAUAUAAAUAACCCUUCUAAAAUGUAUGUAACCAUAACUAAUGACAAACUGUUGUUGCUGCUAACCAAAAGGUUAGCAGUUCAAAUCUACCAGCUGCACUUUGGAAACCCUACGGGCCAGUUCCACUGUGUCCUAUAGGAUCAUUAUUGGCAAUGGGCUGGUGGUUGUUAGCUGCGAUAGAGUUGGCCCCUGACUCAUGGCAACCUCAUGUGUUACAGAGUAGAACUGCUUCAUUGUGUUUUCUUGGCUAUAAUCUUUAUGGAAGCAGUUUGCCAGGCCUUUUCUUCCAGAGAGUCAUUGGGUGAAUUUGAACUGCCAACCUUUGGUUUAGCGACUGAUCCCAAACCGCUUGCACCACCCAGGCUCCCAAUGAUAAACUGAAACAGUUACUUUCUGUGAAACUGAAAUUCAUAUUUUUCAUUACUCAUGGUUCAUGUUUUCAAAAAUUCAGAAUUAGAAUAUGCCUUAAAGAUCAUCUUGUCUAACACCAUUUUUCAAAAAAAAAAUGCGUAAAUUAAGCCACCAAGAUGGUAUGCUCCCAGUCACCCAGCUUGAUCAUUGCAGAACCAUGAUUAGAAUCUCUAUCUCAACUUCCUGGCCUGGGGCUUUUCUCUUGUCCAAAUUACCAUGCUAAAUGCACAUGAAAAUUAAGAGAAAAUGCUAGCUAGUUAAAAAGAACUUGGGAUGUAUCACUGGAAUUGAAACUUAGAGUUCAAAAGCCUGAAUAAAUGAAACAUAGUUUGUCCACAUUUUAAGAAUUUAUUAUUUUUCCUUCUCAUUAGAGGAGCAUGCCAUUCAGACCGUGAAUCUCCCCUGGAAGUGCCAGAGGCUAAUAACAUAAACAUGUCUUAGCUAGGUACAUAGCCAAUGUGUGAUAUUAUGGGGCUUUCCACAGCCAAUGUGAGAGCUUCUUGCCUAAGACACCCGCUGAAAUGAGGAUUGCAAAGACAUCUCUAGCCCUAGUUUAGUUCCAUCAAGUGCUACACAUUUUAGAUAAUGCUUUGGGGAUUUCACAGGAGAAAUACUUAUCAAUUUAUUUUUUUACUAAAUGAACUGAGGGCAUUAUACUUGAGGCUGUUGCCAAAUUAUUCACAGCCUUUUUAAUGAAUAAAUGCUGAGUAUUCUGGAUCAACUCAUGGGCAAAAUUAUCUUGAUAUUCAACUUGAUACCUUACUCUCCAUUUCAAUGACUAGAUAUCAUCUUUGAAUUGUUCAAUUCUAUUCAAAACCUUAGACCUUGGGGUUAUUUUCAUUAUCCCAUUGGAUUUAGGGCAAAGAUGUUAUGAUAACACGGCUCAUGAAGCUUCAUUCAGUAUGUCAAAUGGGAGUCUGCAUUCCAGGACACCUGAAGUGACUUUUCCUAUAAAUUAUCUAAUAUAACAAUAAUUUUUCUUUGUAUUUUUUUUAAUUGACAACUUUUGACUCAAAUAUGGAAAAAAAAAAGUAUUCAUCAGCUAGAAAGCCAACUGUAGGGCUUUAUAUUUUUAGAAGACAUUUCUAGGUUUUUUUUUUUUUUUAAUAAAUUCUAAUAUAGAAAUCUCAAAGGGUAGAGCUUUCUGUAAUACAAAUGUACACGAGUGUUCAUUUAUCAUUAUUGUAGUCAUUUGCAGUUCCUUAAAGGAAGCUUAUAUUUGUGUAUACUUCCAAAGUAGAUUUUAUCAGAAAAAAUUAUGUUUUACCUCGACAACAAUAUUGCUCCUUUGCUGAGAUAUUCCAAAACUGUCUUUGGAAAACCACUUUGACAUUUCUUAAGUUAUUAAAGUUUUGGAAAUCAAAGAGCAAAUGUUAAACAAAACGUUUUAAAAUCUGCCUUGUACAAACACAACCUCAGACAUGCUUUCCUCUCUAAACCAUUUCGUUUAAAAGAUAGAUACAUCAGCAGACCUAUUUAGGAGAUCAUGUUGGGCCAAAAAUUGAACCGAGAAAAUGACUUUUCCAAACAAUGUAAUUUUUGUGUUCCAAAUUUUUUCUUUUCCUUUUAAUAUCAUCAAAUGUAAGGAUUAAUUCUGGAUGAGCUGUUUAACAGAGUCCUAGGAAUACAUUUUUUUAAGACAGAGGAGGAUGGAAUCCUGAUUAUGUUUGACCCAGUGACAAAAUUCUAGAGAGACUCUGAAAAUGUCCUGUGAAACAGCUGAAUAUCAUUACUUGAAAUAUUUGAUUGAAGCCGAUCACACUUAGAUGCAUCCAUUCAUUUAUUUCUCAAGGGAUUUUUUUCUUGUAGAUAUUGCCUGAGUUUUUGUCUACACUCUGCCAAAACAACUGUUUGAUGCAAAUUGUUUGUUCUGUCUAAUAAUCCAGUGAGUACAAGUAACCAUUUGAUCCAAUUGAUGAAAUAUGCUAAAAUAACCAACUGCCCAGUUAGAGCAGAGCACAUGUACCAAAACUCCAGUUCUUAUAUUGUAAAAAUAACAUCUCUUCUGCUGAAAAAGCUAUGAAGCCUUAUAAGCCUUGAAAUCAAUCAAAGCUCUUCCUACAUAAAGGUUGAUAGGACGGUGUUGAGGCGGGCAACCCAAGUGGUAUGCUGGAGUUGGCUUUUUAAGAAAUUAAAUUGUAAAAUAACAAGCAAGUUAUAUUAAAAACAAAGGUAAUAAAUACAACCCACCACUUCUUAAUUAUUUUAGUGUUGUCUAUCUGUUUUACUAUGGUCUCAUGGUUACACAUGUCCAUGGUGCCCUUGUGGUAGAAAUUCUGUAUAACAGUUUGCUGCUGUGCAUCUCCUCCCGACUCCAUGUUUUUGUAACGUCACAUUGGUAGCUUGAAAUCGGCCACAGUGGAACAACUUACACCACAGAAAUUGGCAAAUGCUACAAGCCAGGGCUUUUGAUUCCUGGAGAGCCAGCUGUUAAACAUUUACCAGCAUACCACUAGAUGCCACCAUAACUUUUUGUCCAGAAAAUAACAAAUUAUUGGAAGCUGUAUGAAAUUACUAGAGUGGUAUUAAAUACCAUUUCUCUUCAAAGAGAGAUGCCUACAAUUUGAUUUUGGUUUUUACCUUCUUUUUAAAGACUCUGAUUACAAGGGGUCCUGGUAGUGCAGUGAUUAAGCGUUUGGCUGCUAACCAAAAGGUUGGCAGUUCGAAUCCACCAGCUGCUCCUUGGAAACCCUAUGAGGCAGUUCUACUCUGUCCUAUACGAUUGCUAUGAGUCAGAAUUGACUCGAUGGCAAUGGGUUUGUUUUUCUUUUUUAGCUACAAAUCAUACAUGAUGUUUAUAUUUUAUUCAUAAUUAAGCUAUUCAACCAGAGAGAUGAGUUCAAAAGCAUAUCUCUCUGUGAUGUUCUGCAAGGGAACUCUUGGCAACGCAGCUUUAGUGUAAACAGUAACAACUCAGGGCUAGAUUCAGGGAAAUGACAGCCUAAUCAGAACAUCACUGAGUGUGCUGCAGUAUCAAUUUUUGAGUUUACAAUUUUGGCAUUUGCUUAAAGUAGAGAAAACAGUAACAUAUUUCUGUGCCCAGAUUCCAAUAAAUAUAGCUCAAUUGGAACCCAAACUGUUAGAUUAAACAAAUUAAAGUCUGGCAGUAUGUUAAAUCACCACAGAUGCGCUAGGUGUUUGAUUUCCAAGCAGUGAGGUCUAUCAUUUUGUUUAGCUCACUAUACAGGGCACCUUUUGUAAUCUUUUAGGAAAUAAAUUAACUUUUAUUGCAGAUUAAAAAACUGGUCUGAGAAAAAAUGUGAGGAGCAGUUACAGAAGGAGCAAACACCUUGAACACAAGGCAUCCCUAGUAGCUGAGAGGUGUGUAGUCGAUAGACAAUUUCUGUAUGAAUUCACAUUAAUUUUUCCCAGCUACAAUCUACAUUAGCUUUGCCUUUUUUCCCACAUAUUUGUUUCUUUGCUUUAUAAAGAAAUUCCCAAUAUAUUAUAUCUUUUGCUUCUUUGGCAGUUUUAAGUUAAAGUUUUGCCUCUAAACAGGUGCGACUAAUAGCAAUACCUGCCUUCAAAAAUGGGAAAAUAAAAUUAAUGAUCUAGAUAAAAUAUUGCAGCCCAAUGAAAUGCAAAGUGUGGAAAUUUGGAUUUUUCUCUCUGAGUCGUGGUGCGCAUUAAUUGAGUUUUCUUGCUAAGAAAUUAAGAAAAAAUCUAAACAUUUCUGAUCUAAAUGAAACAGAUCACAUCUGACUAACGAAGAGGCAGGGAACAAUUAUAAGAUGACAUUAACCAAAACAUGUACAUGUAAUCAACUCCCUUGAGUUUGGAUUUGUUUAUAGAUAGCAUGCAUCCUUCAAAUUUAAAAGUAAAAGAGAAAAACAUGGUUCACAGUUAAGUGUAGUACACGAAGUGAAUUAGCAAAGUGGAUAAAACUUAAUACAAGUGAUGUUGUCUGAGAAACCAUAUCUUGCAAAUAAAAUCUUUUAAUGACUGUAGUUCUUUAGCAAGAAGCUUUAGCCUUUGAAACUCACUGUAGCUUGAAUA